AUGACUUAUUCAACUAAUUCUUCUUUCUAUGUUUUACUAAGUAUUUUUCUACUAAUCUCGUAUGUUAAUACAAAUGAAGUAAGACUUCGAAAAUCAUUAUUUAAUGAACGACCAUACGAUGCAAAAGUUUGUCCGGAAGAAGGUAUUACGAAAGUUCAUACAAAUUUAAUAUUUCUACAAAUUGAAAGUGUUGAUGAACGAGCACAGAUAGUAACAAGUAAUAUUCAAUUAACAUGUGCUUGGUGUGAUCCAUAUAUGACAUGGAAUGUUAGUCAUUUUAAUAUAUCAGAACUUUCGGUUGGUUCAGAUCAAUUAUGGACACCAGAUGUUGUUGUAGUCAAUUCAGCCGAUGGAAAAUAUUCACGAAAUCGUGAACAUUAUGCUUUACUUCUUCGACAUGAUGGUUAUGUUCGAUUUAUGUUCCAAGAUUUAUGGAAAACAAUAUGUAAAAUUCGUUCAACUUAUUUUCCAUUUGAUCUACAACAAUGUACAAUAAUAAUUCGUAGCGGUUCACAUGAUAGUCAAACAAUAAAAUUUAUUCAACGACGUCCUAUCGAAGGUCAUUCAUUUAUACGUGGUGAAUGGGAAUUAAUACACUCAUAUACAGAAAUAACGGAUGAACGUGUUUCGGAUUUCGGUCAAGUUGAUUAUAGUCUUGUACGAUUUACAUUAAUAUUAAAACGUAAUCAUUUAUAUUAUUUAAUAAAAAUAAUUUUACCAUUUACAUUAGUUUCAUUUGUAACAUUAUUUACAUUUUUAUUACCACCACAAACAGGUGAAAAAUUAACAUUAAAUGUAACUAUAUUAUUAUCAUUAGUUAUUUAUUUACAAUUAUUUACGGAAUAUAUACCUAAAUCUGAUGAUGAUACACCUAUAUUAACAUUAUUUUGUAAUGCAAAUUUUUUCUUAGUAUUUUUAUCAUGUGUCAUGACUGUAUAUGUUCUAUAUUUAUAUCAUCGACCAUCAACAUCAAAUAUUGCUUGUGUACCAGCACAUAUGAAAAUAAUUUUACUUGAUUAUUUAAGUCCAAUACUUUAUUGUAAUAGAAAUCAAGAAUCAAAACAACCAAAAUUAACAAAACAAGAAAUUGAAGAAAAACGACCACGACGUAUAAGUAGUAUAGAAAAACGUAUGUGUAAUUUAUUCACCCUAACAACACCAGUUCCAACAGUUAAUCAACAAGCUAUUGAAUUACUUAAAUUAUUACAUCAAAUAAAAUAUCAUAUACGUACACAAUGGUUGAUACCAUUAAAUAUCGUUAAUGAAUAUGAAACUGGUAAUGAUUUAUCAAAAUUUGAUAAUCAACAACGUUUAGAUGAAUGGCAACAUGUUGCAUUAGUACUUGAUCGUCUUUUUUUUAUAUUAUUUAUUAUAGCUAUGUCAUGUACUGCUUUAUUAUUUGUCUCAGCACAUUCACCAGUUGGAAAUAAUUAUCGUACAAAUUUUACAAUUAUUAAAACUGAUGCUAAAUGUGAUCAUUAUCAACCAAAAUUAAAUUAA